AUGAAGUAUCAAGGUUUCAGAAGUUUGUUUGAUGCUAUUAAAAGACAAUGCAUAUCUAUUCCAAUAUGCAAUAGAAGAUUGAACAAUGAAAAUUCAUCAAAUAUAGUAUAUGACCCUUAUAGCAACAAUUGCAUAGCUUUAACGGAUAAGAUAUCAAUAACUGAUAUUGAUUGUAUACUUAAUGAUACAGAAGACAAAAAAAAAUUUAAAACUAAAAAAACAAAUUUCCUGUAUCAAUCAAAUAUACGAUGUCACCAUGGCAAGAUGGACGAGAUUAAUAGGUCAUGUAUUUGUGACGACGGUUGGGCCAGUACUCUAAAUUGGAAUUUUCCCAUUGUUUCCACAAUGCCAGUUUAUAUGUGUACGGUUCAAAUUCAAAGUACAAACAUUCAAAAACUUCUAUUUAAGAUAAAUAACCUCAAGUUUAAAAAUGUCGUAUCCUUUAUACAACCUUUAAUAUUAAUUAGGUAA